AUGCUGGUUGUUAUCGAGAUAGCUUUGUGUGGUGUGUGUCCAAAUAUUGCUGCUAGCACGAUUGCGGAGCAAAGCAUAUGCCACUCAGUGCGUGUGACUGUGGAAGUGCAUCUGCCCCCAAAGCACACCUUAUUCAAGCAGACCACUGGAAAUGGGAGGCUUUCAAAGCAGAUGACUCCGAGGGAGAGAGAGGCAGAAGCGUUUGCGCUCCAUUUCGGCGAUGCCAAUCAUUGCAUUAAAGAACUCCAGCGCAAACUCAGCGCCCAUCCUCAACUCGCGCGAGAUCCGGUAAUGUCUCAGCCGUCCAUCUCCGGAUCGUUCGCAUUGUCACAGAAGACGCAUAGACCAUCAGAUUGCUCCAUUCCAUCGCCUCUCUCGAAGCACUUCCCACCUUCGCCUGUCUUCUCUCUCUCGCCCAAGUUGUGCUACAAUCAGGGCCAUGCUGCUGACUUCGAUGACUUGCGGAUUUCAUCCCAUCUACCGGGCGCUAUCCUCGUCGGAGCUGCUCAAGCGUCUGGAAUGAAAUGCUUGGAGGUAUGGUCGUUCGUGCUCCAGCAGGACGAGAUAUGCCAAGCCUCGCAAGUGGGUCCGAGCUCCAGCUGA